GGAAACAAAUCCAUCCUUGGAUUUGAACAAUAAUGCAUAAUCACCUGUCUUGUUCUCCACCCAAACCCCAUUUUCUUUCACAAAUUUUUGUCUAGAAUCAAUCCUAUAGAGACAGGUUGUCCAAGAACAAAUUGUGUCUGUUCUAUCAUCUGGAAAAAGAAAUCUGUCACGCGAAAUUGAUUGUUCAUAACCUGUUUGAUUUUCAUGUCAUACCUUUUGUAUUCAUGUUGCAGAAAUUGAUGAAAUUCAAUAACUCCUGGCUCCUGCAUGGAUUCAUGAUAUCAUCUUUUACCAGGUGACAUUCAUCUAAUUUUGUGUGUUCUGAUGGGGAUCAAACUUUUAUGGGGCUUGAACAUAAGAAUAUGUGAGAGAUGUAGAUUUUGUUGAAAAAGUAAAUGAGAAAUUCUCAAAUUUCUAUGGCACAAUUGAGACCUAUGAAUCCGAGACGAGAAGAUCAAAAGGAAGCAGAAGAGAGUGCAACAGAUCAAAGCUAUGUGACCUGUAUACACCUAGCCAAAAUUGCAGAUUUGCUCCGAACCAUCACAAUAACGUGGUCGAAAUCUUUGAUAGGCCACGCCCUCUCCAUCGUCGUGGAAAACCCUUCAGAGGACAACCACUACACAUGCAAGAUUGACCUGAAAACCUGGCAGUUUUGGGGGAAGAAGGGCCUCAAGUCCUUCAAUGUAGAUCAAGAACGUGUCGAUGUUUACUGGGAUUUCAGGGCUGCUAAAUUCUCCAGCAGCCCCGAGCCCGAUUCAGACUUCUAUGUCGCAUUGGCCACGGGAGGGGAGGUGGUCAUAUUGCUAGGUGACCAAAAGAGUGAGGCCUUCAAGAGAACCAAAUCGAGGCCUCCCGUUGUGGAUGCAACUUUGGUGCACAAGAAAGAAAGUGUGUAUGCAAAGAGAUGCUUUUGCACCAGAACCAUGUUGGGGAGAGGGAAAAGGGAGCACAACAUCAUCAUAGAAACCGACCUCUCGGGGCCUACUGAGCCCGAGAUGUGGAUCAGUGUGGAUGGGAUAGAGUCGGUUCGGGUGAUGAACCUGAACUGGAGAUUCAGAGGGAACGAAACGGUGAUGGUGGAUAAUGUGGCAGUGGAAGUGUUCUGGGAUGUGCAUGAUUGGAUGUUCAAUGAUGAUAGCAGCAGUGUUGCAGCAGGGCCAGGGGUUUUCAUCUUCAAGCAAGGGAAUGGUGGUAAGGGAGAAGGAGAAGAAGACAAUAGCCUUCCUCAAAAAAGCUGUGAUGAUUCACAAUCCAGGCCACCUGAAUUCUGCCAUGUUUUUUAUGCUUGGAAAACUGAAUGAUCUGACCAACAAUGUGGCCUGCCCCUCCCUCAUGUUGUUCUUGUCACAUUCUUCAUGUAAUGCCCUUUUAUUAUUAUUAUGCUCCCUUUGGGUUAGCACUUUUAUCACAUUAUGAAAACAACAUUGUAUGUGCUAAUGUAGGUUGAUUAAAU